GAGAGAAUCUCGCCCUUGUUCUCGUUACCCAGUCAGUUUGAGCGCAGAGCUCGUGAACACAACUACACUUGUGUGCUGCUUCAUUCCUUCGCGCAGCUUCAGUUUCCAGACAGGUACCCGGUACCCUGCACCCCGGGUUUGGACGGGAAGGAUGCGGGAUGCGGAGUCUGCCGGCUCGGCUCUCAGCAGAGUUAUCUCGUGCACAGAGCAGCGCGUGCGGUGCAUCUUCCCCGCCUUUCUCCUGCGUGUCCUCACAUCUUCUCCAGGCUGGAGGAAACUAUCAAAGCUGCCUGAGAUACAUCUGAGCACAUUUUAAUUUAAUUUCAGUUUCUAAUUUUUAAGCAGCUAUGACAUCACCGGGCUGGCUUGUUCUCAUCUGCAAACACGGGAUACCUAACGGAGUGCGUCUUGGCUGUUCCUUCCACGCAACAAACCCCGGUUCUUCUUGUCUUAAAAUCUAAAAAAUAAAUAAAUAAAUAAAUAAAUAAUCCAAAUCUAAAAUCUAAAAUCCCCGGAAUGUGUGCUCACCGAGCAACAAGCAGCAGCGCCCUAAGUGUCUGUGUCCCUGCAGCAGCAGCAGCAGCAGCAGCAGCAGCAGCUCUACACAGGAGGCAUGCUGAAGAUGAGAACGCAUCGGUGGGGAAUCCGUCGCUUUGGAUGUUUGAGUGCAUUUUAAAGGCUGCACCUGCGGGAUUACAGUCACUCUGAGAAGAAGAUUUGCGGGUUCCCGCUACAGGAUAACGGACAGGGAUGCACUCAGUCUGCUUGUUUGGAUGCGUGAAACUGUCCUGAGAAGUCUGUGAUUGUAGCUUGCAGAGGCUCUACAUUUCGGUUUCUCUGUGUGCGCGUCGGAUUGAAGAGCUCUUUAAAGGCUGCACCCGCGGGAUUACAGUCCGUCCGGGGACCUGACACCUGGCCUUUGAUUUCACUUUCUCUCUGCUGGAUAAAAGACAGGGAUGCACUCGGUUGUUGGAUGCGUUAAACUAUCCUGAGAAGUGUGUUUUUGCAGCUUGCAGAGGCUCUACAUUUCUCCGUUUUUUUUUGUUUUUUUUUGGGAGGACCACGGAUCCAAUCAUGGGCACCCACUCUGAUCAUCCCCCGCAGAUUAACCCGGGUUUCACCCUCCGGCUGUUUGCUCUCCUGUGUUUCCUUGAGAUGUCCGGCUCUCAGGAGAUUUACGCGCCGCACUCCAUCCGCGUGGAGGGCGACGUGACGCUGGGGGGGCUGUUCCCGGUGCACGCACGGGGGGUCCCGGGGAUCCCGUGCGGGGACAUCAAGAAGGAGAACGGCAUCCACCGGCUGGAGGCCAUGAUGUACGCCCUGGACCAGAUCAACGGCGACGAGGAGCUGCUGCCCAACGUCACGCUGGGCGCGCGGAUCCUGGACACGUGCUCGCGGGACACGUACGCGCUGGAGCAGUCGCUGACGUUCGUGCAGGCGCUGAUCCAGAAGGACACGUCGGACGUGCGGUGCACCAACGGGGAGCCGCCUGUGUUCGUCAAGCCCGAGAAGGUGGUGGGGGUGGUCGGGGCCUCCGCCAGCUCCGUGUCCAUCAUGGUGGCCAACAUCCUGCGCCUCUUCCAGAUUCCUCAGAUCAGCUACGCGUCCACGGCCCCGGAGCUGAGCGACGACCGCCGCUACGACUUCUUCUCCCGCGUGGUCCCUCCAGACAGCUUCCAGGCGCAGGCCAUGGUGGACAUCGUCAAGGCGAUGGGCUGGAACUACGUCUCCACCGUGGCGUCCGAGGGCAGCUACGGCGAGAAGGGCGUGGACGCCUUCAUGCAGCUCUCCAGAGAAGCAGGUGGAAUCUGUAUCGCUCAGUCUCUGAAGAUCCCUCACCACCACAAACCGUCCGACUUCGAUAAAAUCAUCCGUCUGCUGCUGGACACGCGCUACGCCCGGGCCGUCAUCCUCUUCGCCUCCGACGAGGAUAUCAGGGGUAUCUUGAAUGCCAGUAAGCGAGCGGACCAGGUGGGUCACUUCCUCUGGAUCGGCUCGGACAGCUGGGGCGCCAAAAACAGUCCGAUCAUCCAGCUGGAGGACGCCGCCGUGGGCGCCGUCACCAUCCUGCCCAAGAGAGCCACCAUCAGCGAUGUGACACCGGCCGGCCUGCUCUCAUCCCGCUGUUUCCUGGAAACGGCGCCGGUGUCGGCGUCCCCAGGGACUGCCGGGUUCGACGCGUACUUCACGUCGCGGACGCUGGAGAACAACCGGAGGAACGUUUGGUUCGCUGAGUACUGGGAGGAGAACUUCAACUGCAAACUGAUGAGCUCCUCCAAGAAAGACGAGAGCAGCAGGAAGUGUACAGGUCAGGAGCGGAUCAGCAUUGACUCAAAGUACGAGCAGGAGGGAAAGGUGCAAUUUGUAAUCGACGCGGUGUAUGCCAUGGCGCACGCUCUACACAACAUGCAGCGAGACCUGUGUCCCGAAAACUCGGGCAUCUGCCCCGACAUGGACCUGGCCGGGGGGAAGAAACUACUCAAGUACAUCCGCAAUGUCAGCUUCAAUGGAAGCGCUGGCACUUCAGUGACGUUCAACCGUAACGGCGACGCCCCCGGGCGCUACGAUCUGUUCCAGUACCAGUGGAACAACGUCUCCGGGCCAGGGUACCGCGUCAUCGGACAGUGGACCGAGACGCUGCAGCUCAAUGUGGAGGAGAUGCAGUGGCCUGGCGGCGAGCAGGACAUCCCCAGCUCCGUGUGCAGCCUUCCCUGUAGGACGGGCGAGAGGAAGAAGGUGGUGAAAGGCAUGCCGUGCUGCUGGCAUUGCGAGCCCUGCGACGGCUACCAGUACCAGCACGACGAGUUCACCUGCAAGCUGUGCUCCUACGACAUGCGCCCCGACGCCAACCGCACCGCCUGCCAGCCCAUCCCCAUCACCAAGCUGGAGUGGCACUCGCCCUGGGCUGUGAUCCCCGUGUUCCUCGCCAUGAUCGGGAUCAUCGCUACCAUCUUUGUCAUGGCUACGUUUGUACGGUACAACGACACGCCAAUCGUCCGGGCGUCUGGCCGCGAGCUGAGCUACGUUCUUCUAACUGGGAUAUUUUUAUGCUACAUCAUUACCUUCCUAAUGAUCGCUAAGCCGGAUGUUGGCGUGUGCUCGUUCCGAAGGAUUUUCCUGGGUUUAGGCAUGUGCAUCAGCUACGCCGCCCUCCUCACCAAAACCAACCGCAUUUACCGAAUCUUCGAGCAGGGCAAGAAGUCGGUGACGGCGCCGCGGCUGAUCAGCCCCACCUCGCAGCUGGCGAUCACCUCCAGUCUGAUCUCGGUGCAGCUGUUGGGCGUGUUCGUCUGGUUCGUGGUGGAUCCGCCCAACACGCUCGUAGACUACGACGAGCAGAAGACCUUCAACCCGGACCUGGCUCGAGGCGUGUUGAAGUGUGACAUCACGGAUCUGCAGAUCAUCUGUUCGUUGGGUUACAGUAUCCUGUUGAUGGUGACGUGUACUGUGUACGCCAUAAAGACCCGCGGGGUCCCGGAGAACUUUAACGAGGCCAAGCCCAUCGGGUUCACCAUGUACACCACCUGCAUCGUUUGGCUGGCGUUUAUACCCAUCUUCUUCGGCACAGCGCAGUCUGCGGAAAAGCUGUACAUCCAGACGACCACGCUGACCAUCUCCAUGAACCUGAGUGCGUCCGUGGCUCUCGGGAUGCUCUACAUGCCCAAAGUCUACGUCAUCAUCUUCCACCCGGAGCUCAACGUGCAGAAGAGGAAGCGCUCCUUCAAGGCCGUGGUCACCGCCGCCACCAUGUCGUCCCGACUCUCCCACAAGGCCAGCGAGCGGCCCAACGGCGAGGCCAAGACGGAGCUGUGUGAGAACGUCGACGCCAACAGCUAAUUUCAUAAUUUAUCAGAGGUCCAGCAGAAAAGAAGAAAUUCGUGAGCUACAAUGACCUCGUGAUCUAACCGCGUCCAAGAGAGACUGACCAGAGAGAGAGAAAGGUCUCCUGCCCUGCUGGCUAAAAAGCAAAGAAAGAGAGGAUGUUUUUCUGUUGUUGUUUAGUUGUUUGGUCUCAUGUGCUCCAUUGCCCACACAGACUUUCAGAUGCUGAAGCAAAGCAUUGUGGGACUGCCCUCUGGACAAAGCCUUACGGCACCAAACAUUCACUAAGACAGACAAAGAGAAGCGAGGAUGCAAAGAGGGCAAAGACAGGUUCAAAAAAAUACGUGAAGAAAAUAAAAAAGAAAUCCCUUUUUGUCCAUGAGGAUAAACAUGGCAGACAUCUUGCAGCCUCACACGGGCCACCACUUUGUUUCUCUCUCUGCCGUUGAUGUCAAACGAAGCCGCCGUCUCGGCCGGCCGUGACCUUUCUACGGAGCUCGCCUCCUGUUGUCUUUUGAUGUACUUCCAAACUGCAAGUUUUCCAACCUUCCUGUCCUCCCUUGUGUGGUUCUUAAUGGCUUCUAUGUUACUUUGGUUGUUGGUUUUCUCUCUUUUCUUUUAAAGAUGACAAUGGUUAUUACGUUGAUGAUGAUGAAUCUGUUUUGCUCUUUGCUGCUUGGAUGCACAUUUUUUUUUUUUUUAUUAAAGCCAUAUUCUUCGCUUUGAGAUUUUGAGGGCUUUCGCAUGGUGCCGGCUGGGAUCUGAUUGUUGCCACUUAAAAAUGUCCUUAAAGACCCUGAAAACAUGUUUUCUCAACCGGCUUCUUACUGAGAAGGAUUGGAUCCUAUUUUCAGAAACACUUCAGAUCACAGUGUGAUGGUGAAGUACAUUUCUUUUUUUAAGUUUCAGAGUCGACUCCAUUUCGAUGGUACAUUCUGAGUUUUAGUAAACAUGGUGUGACAUGAAAAAGGUUCAUAUUAAAGGGAUAGUUCAGAUCUUUUCAAGUGUAGUUAUACAGUAAGUUAGUUAAUUAGGUAUGUUACAGGUAUUUUACAGUAGUUCAGUUUACGACAGGGAACUGAAACUGUUCUCUCUGUCAUUUUACCUCGUAGAACAUGUGAGUUGCUGCUCUACCGCUGCCUCUAUCGGCUAGUUUUUUUAGUUUCAGCUGUCCCUUUAAUGGAAUUUGUCUCUUGUGUUGUCUUACUUCUAUCUGGGUGAUGUACACAGGAAGGACUAUAAUGAAUACAUUGAUACUGGAUAGAGGCAUAGAGUUCUGGAGCCUCUUUUUUUCUCUGAUUUCGUGUGUCAUAUCUGUGUAUUUAGAUUUCAAAGAGUUAUGACUCUGAGAAGGAGUGUGAUUUUUGACGCAGAUUGUAGCAAUCGGGUGCUUAAGUAUUUUAAAGGUGCAGGAAACUCAAAAUCAGGCACGUGUGGCUUUGCAGGUGUUAAUUACGCAUGUUGUCUUGCCAUGAGCUCUUGGGAAUGUCAGUGUUGUUGUUUUUUACCUAAAUGUCGUCCUCUUUGUUAUCUGUUUCACACGCUGGUUUUAAGCCCACUUUGGCAAAGUUUCUUAAAGGGAAAAACGUGUGUGCAGCACCUCAAAGAAGCUUCCAGUAACUUAAAGCCCUUAAUCUCCUCAAUGAUCUGCGUCUCUGCUACGAAUGCUCACAAACGGUAGAUGCUAGGUCGCACCUGACGCACGUGUUGACGCCAACACAAGUCAACAGACGGUACUGCAGCUUUUAUAUUUCUUGGUUGCCAAUGUUGUUGAUAGUUUCUAUCCUAUUUUGGAUCACAUUCCUGUUGGAACAUGUUUAUAGUUUAGAAGACUAUAUUGGCGAUCUUUGAUGGUAGAAAGUGCUGCUAUACUCGGUAACAGUCAUGCUACAUGUAUGCUAACGUUAUCUUGGCUGCCGUUGUUGGUCAUUUCUCCCCAAUGUGGGAUCACAUAGCUUCUGCAACAUGUUCGAUUGUGUAGUUUUUGGUUCAGAGGACUUUAUCAGUGAUUUUUGGUGGUAUAAAUUACAGCCUGUACUCUGUUACGAUCCAUUGCUAACUACAUGUAGCUAUAUACUAAUGCCAGGGAAAGCUGUGAUCUUGGUUGUCAAUGUUGUUCAUUUCUCCCCAAUUUCUGAUCACAUACUGUAGCUUCUGGAACAUGUCCUGUUGUGUAGCUUUUGGUUUAAAGCAUUUAUCGCUUAUUAUAAAGCGUUUUCUCCGGAGAAAAAGUGCUGCUAUACUCCGUUGCAGUCAGUCUUCACACUGUAAGAAAAAACAUCAUUGAAAAAGGAUAAUGUCCUGGCAGAAAAUGACCAGUAACUUUUCCAUUAAGUUUACAGACAUUUCUGUUAAUACAAAAAUCUAAAUACAGAACAUUCCUUCAUAUUAACACAGUAUAUUAGCCCAUAUUUCUACGGACUUGUCUGAGAGUGCACCUGUAACAGAUUUAAAGUCUGUUAAUUUUAAGUUAUUUUAGAUUUGGAUUCCCAGCCACACCAGCACAGGGAAGGACAGAAGAAAUAUAUAUAAAAAUAGUAUUUUAUUAUUUUCUGUUUAAAUUAACUGUGACAAUGUCCUCUUCUAAAAACGGAGACAAUGAAUUAAAAAGUGUGGAUUGUCCAAUGUUCUGCCCCAGGGUUAAACAAUACCAAAGUCCAGUCCAGCCUGGAGUCAGCUCCAUGUUUCCCCUGGCUGCUUCUGCGAGGCUUCAAGUAGCCUACUCCAAUCAAGAAAUCCAAUGCCAGGAAUUCCGUGGGGGCCGCUUGUUAGUGGGGAAAUAAUAAAAUCAAUGGGCAGCCUGCUCAUAGACCGGCAACUUUAAAAUAGUGUCUGGUGUCUAGCAUGACUAGGGUUGGGGACCGAAACCCGGUUCCACUAUGGAAUCGGUUCCUACGCAACCGGUAGGAAUCGGACCGGAUUUGAAUCCAAAUUUCGGUUCCUCAUUUUGGUUCCACUUAAUGACGCUCCGAAACGGAAGUAAGAAAUAUCACACUUUCUCUGUAGUCUACCGUGAGCUAGCUACCGUAAAUGUAGGCUACGUUUAAAAUGCCAUAUUUUCCCCUCCUGGCUCACCAAAAUGGACAUAAAAGCAUAUUAACGAUUCACUGCACAUGAUCGCUAGUAAACAUAUUACAUCUUUGAUGUCGUUUUUCACUUUUUCAAGAAUCGGAUUAGGAAUUGGAAUUGUUUUAAAAGUACCGGUUCGGCAUCGGAAUCGUAAAAAUCCAAACGACACCCAACCCUAAGCGUGACAACUUUGCUGACCUAUACUUCAUAUGCGCUCAUCAACAAAUACUGCCAUCACCACUGCUCCGCUGUCGGCCCCUGGAUCUGGCUCCUCAACAGAAAACAGACUUCUACUAAAAACUAGAGCACGACCGAUAAAGAUUUUAAGGCCGAUAUCGAUACAAAUAUUUGGUGAUUUAAAAAUCCGAUAUUCCAAUAUAUCGGCCGAUAUAUUUUUUAAAAAGAAAUCCAGAAACGCAUAACAAAACAUUAGUUAUUUGUAGUUAUUUAUGAGUUCUCACUAAAUUAAAUUGUGACAACAGAACAGAGGAACAUCAAAAUAUUUUAAAGUUCUGAUAAAUAAAAUUUAACUUAAGAUAUGAAAAUUAAAGGGUUAAAUCAGUGUGGAGGAAAAGGACCACUUCCCUUUAGUCUGAGUUUGUGAGCGUUGACACUGCAGAGUCUGGGAGUCAGCUCCACCAGGGCACAGGGGAUCCAGUCAAGUCAAGUUUAUUUCAUCCAUAGAAAUGGAAAUUACAGUGCUCAUACCUGCCCAUAAAAAGAUAGAGCAUAAAUACAGUACAGAAAUUAUAAAAAUGUACAUUUAAAGUGCUUGUUGUGCUGUCUGAUAGCCUGAGGUAUAAAAGAGAGAGCAUACCGCUUAGUUUGUGUCACAGGAGGCUUAGCCUACCGCUACGUUCCAUAACCCUGCCAGUCAGAUUACCAUGAAGAGGGUGACCGGAGGGUGAUUGAGAUGUGAAUCGGGUGCAAACUGACACCUGACAAACCACAAUAACUAACUUCCUCUUGUUGUAUGCAGCGGUCCUUCCCCUCGCACUGUAUCUUUACCUCACCUAUCUCCCCCCUCAGGGGGGAGGAGCCUCACAGUGUUAUAGGGAAACAGAAAUAUUUGAAGCCAUGUUUCAGAAGCUUUAACUUCUAACAUUAGGAAUGUGGAAAACAACCCAACGGCCAACAGAGAGCGGUUUUACUGCAGAUCAUGUGUAGGCCGCUUUAUAGAGAAACGGAAAGAAUUGAAGCCAUGUCGCCUCAAAAGGGGCUUUUUCAUGUCAGGGCUAUCCAAAAAAUGAGAUGGCAAGCGAAACGUCAGAGAUUUACCUUUCUGUUCAAAGCUUUCGUUGUUUGUGAGUCCAACAAUCAGAUUCCUCAGCGGGACGCCAACACAAAGCCCAAAAAAAUAAAAACAGGCGUGUUUUAAAACACUGUUUCAGUUUGAAAUGUUUGAAAUGUUUGUGGUCAUAUUGAAAGCAUCCCAUCCCUACAUGUGUGUUUGUUCUCCACACGCAUAUACACGAUGACUUCUCCAGUAUUUUGUAGGUGUAUGAUGAUGAUGAUGAUCCCUAACUGUGUUGUACUUAAAAAGAAACCUUCUUUGCACCAGGCUUUGCCGGAUUUCACGGACUGCCGAUCCAACAAAAAGGUGUUGAUGUUGAGGUUGUCAAUGCAUGCCUGAUAUGUUUGAUGUUGAAUCCGAAAAAAAAGUUGAAGAAUAAUGAAAUUCUCACGACACAGGCUACGGGUUUACACUGCUACGUUUUGGUUUUUAAAGGGGUGAUUAUAUAGGGUAUUUCCCACUGUUCCUUAAGGUCUCCUAAUAGGGUAUGUAACUUUAUUUGGGCUGAAAAUGCUCGGGUGCUGUUCUAUGCGCCCUUAUGCAACCCUGUUAAGUAGACCUAGAAUGAAACGAGAGGUUUUCUCCCUUAUAUGGUAUGCUCAUGAAUAUUUAGAUGAGCUGUGCACUGAUUGGUUGGUUUACAACGAGCAAAGCACACACACUGUACACAGCCCCUCCCCUCUUUGCCCAUGUCCCCCCCGCCACACACACACACACACACUAUCUGAUAGACUUCCAAAGACAUGCCCAGACAUGCCCGGCAGACAUGCCAGGCCGUGAUUAGCGGCUGCAGCGCCACCGGAGCAGGAAAGGCUGGAACAGCCAAGAGAAAAUAUCCCCAGCUGGCUUCAAACUUUAUUUCUGCUCAGGCACAUAAACUCAUCAACUAAUAUUACUGUAGAAAGCACCAGAGAUAUAGUUUAGUUACAGUUUGGUCAUCCUCCAGUGUGUCGCGCACACACACACACACACCAUUGCGAAGUUUCGACACUUUCAUUACAAAUAGUGUUGUUGUAGCGUUACCCUUUGGAACAUAAAAAUGCUUCACUUCCAGACAAGGAAUCACAACUCACCCUGUAGCUAGUUCAGUGUCUCAGUGCGGGGACAUUUAGUGGAGAGUGGAGCCCACAGGCACGUCCACUGCACCGCUGUGUUAGAUCCACAAGUCCCGCUCCAUUGUCCGAUAUCUAGUCGUUCUCAACACUUUUCUCUGGGCCAGUAUUCCGCAUUUAGGACCGUGGUUCAUUUUCAAUAUCCUUGAAAAACUUCCAAACUUUCUUCUUUCUAAAGUACACAGCGCAGCUCGCAGCUAAGCUUGUGUGUGAGAUCUGCGUGACCUACAUUCGUCAACUAUUAGCUUCGUUGGGAUUUGAUCGUUUCCAGAGGCAGUUUCAAAUAGUGAGAUUUGCAGAGGAAAGUGGGGUCAAUGGGAUUUUUCAAUUGAGGUUCUAUGUAUGUCUUAUUUACCCACCAAACUGUCGUUAUUCAACUAUGACAAGGUAAAAUCAGUUUUGCAUUCUAUCACCCCUUUAAGUGUUUGAGUUUGGUCCCAAAGUGAUCUCUGUGCUCCAAGUAUUUUUAUCUCCAGUAGAAGAACUAAUCUCUGUUUAAACUAACACGCCCAAACCUCAUAUCUCAUCAUCAUUCUGGUAUACUGGACAUAAACAGGAGGCAGUGUGGAGGCUCCGCCCACUGCUGGUAGUUACCAUGGUAACUUUAGUAGCUUUAGUCUCAGAGAACGAGACGUCGUGACCGAUAAGACCCAAUCAGGAGGAGACACGUUGGCGUCAGUGUCGGCGUCGCCAAAGGUCUCCGUUUGGAGCCGUUGAGACUGAAACACAACCCCGCAGAUUCAGAACCAGAACGGGUCAGAAGGGUUUCCUAAUGUCUCCGGUUUAGGGGCCCGCAACACAGG